UUGAAUGGAUCACGAGAGCAGUUUGUCGAGCGAGAGGGUUCUCAUUUCGUUGACGUCCGCACGUAACUACGUUGCAUUUUUUGACGAAGCACUUCUUAGCAAAAGUUUAAAUUGUUCUGUUCUACCACUCGAAUAAAGGAAACUGAAUCUCGUGCUCGUCCAUGAUAGGGAAACGGAAAGCAAAAAGGUAGAGACCAAGUUGUAAAAAUCUUCUCACGGGGUCGUUGCAAAGAUGACGGACCCAGAGAAGAAGUACCUGAAGGCGGUAAUCAAAAACCAGGAAAUGCCUGUCAACAUGAUCGAGGACAUUCUUGACACAUCAGUCAAGAUCAUGCAGGAGUACAGCUUUUUCUCAUGCUUCCACUUUCUUUGUCACCUAUGGCUUCUUUAACUUACACCGCAAUUAAAAUUUUAAGUUUGCUGGUGCAGGUUUUGAUUCCUCCACCACGAGAAAAGCACACCAAACUUCUUGAUCUUCAGGUGCCGAACAGAGCGAGACAUCGCUGACAGACUGAAGAAGCAUGUGGACGCAGCGUACACACCAUCUUGGAACGUAAUCGUAGGAAAAACGUUCGGGUCCUACAUUACGCACGAGACAAAAAGGUAUGGGGAUUUUUAUAUACGUCGUGAAGAUUGUCAUUGUGAAGAUGUGUAGUUAGUUCAUCAUCUUGCACUAGCGAACUAUCAUCGCUUGACGACGAGGAACAUUUCCAAAUCCCUGCCCGGAAGCACAAAAUUGGUUAUAUGUAGUGAGGUCACGAACGUUCUAAUCUAGCGAUCUUUUUGACAGCUCUUAUGCAAAACGACCGGCAGUUUUCAAACGGCCGGAAGUGUUUUUUGACAAAAAAGAUUUUCAAUUAUCAAGCGGCCGGGGCUUUGAUAGCAAACAAGCCCGGUCGAAAACUAUCGAUUCGCACUUGAUAAAACGACGCAGGGGAGCCGGCAAAAGGGGCGCCCUUCUGAGGCGCCCGCCGCCUUGGUUUCUGGCGAUUUGGGGCGCCCAAAAAGGGGCGCCCAAAAAGCAGCACUCCGAAAAAAACAGCGGAUCCGCAUAGUAUGGGCCUCAUUUUGGCCCACAUUCGGGCCUCGCAAAAGACGCCACCAAAAUCCGCCAUUUCAGAGGCGGACUGAAGGCCAGAAGAUGCGGCAUUUUGCCAAAAAAAAAACAAAAAAACAAAGUCCGCCAAAAGCAAAAAGCCAAUCCGCAUGCUAUGGGCCCGAUUUGGGGCUCCCAAGGGUCCGUCCCUGGCGCGGGCCCUGGCGGGGCCAUAGCAUGCGGGGAAGGUUUUUCGAUUGAAACCAAAUGGAGGCCAGCUCUGGAGUGAGAUUCUUAGCGACCGCCACCGCCGUGCCGUCGUGCAUAACAUUGCUCACGAUGGCAUGGCGGGCAGAGAAGCUGCGUCUUUUUUGGUGUGAAGACAAAAAGACCGCCGUGACCUCACUACCUCCGCGGACGCGGCUAUUAUUGGUAGUUGGUUUUGUCUACGUACUACUCUACCCUUCUGCAACAAAAAAAUUAGGUACGUCCAGUUCAACAUUGCUCACAUGAGCUUUCUUGUGUGGAAAUGCGGUUAGGGACAAGAAGGAGCAGAGGCAGAGCUUUGACAAAAGUACUACACACCCCUCGUCCGCGAAGAGUAGAUCCCACAAAUGUACACAACGAACGGGCUACCACCAUUUUACCGACCGCCUGGUCGCAACCGCGAUGAAGAACGUCCGGAAUUAAGAACUUCAACUUGCGAUUUAAGUUUAAUACGCGACGAACCGAAUUUUUGUAAGAACCUAGCAGUCUGAUUCAUCUGAAAACAAUACCUUUUGCUUACAAGUACAAUCCUACAAUCAACUUUUACAGUAUCAAUAGCAGUUGGAGCGUGUCGUGACUCCGAGAAAGGGCAGUAGAUGGAACAAUUUCGGCGAACAAGAAAAUCGAAGAAAAAUGCCAUGUAGCUGAAAAGGAAACCGAAAAAAAAUACAAAACAAAACCUCGCUGUGCGGCCUACUCGGGAGACAAGUAAAGAUUGGCUCUUGUACUUGCCCUGCCUGGCGCAGCAUGUUGCUUUCGAUGUGGAUCUGCAAGAGAUUCGGAACUUCUGUUGCCUUCACCUCCUUCAGGUCCCC